GUGAUUGUACCCAGCGACACGCGCGCUUCGUGAACCCCCGUAGAAAAGUAGCUCUCGCGCUCGGGUUGCGCCGGCAGGCGCUGAGCCGGCAUCAUGACGGACUCCACAUAUGAUUUUGGAGCCGUGAGGGACGAUCUGACGCCGCUUGAGGAUGACUGCAAGCUUCUCGGUAGCCUGCUUGACGACUGUCUCCGCGUCGAAAUCGGCGAGACCAUGUUCAAGAAGAUUGAACGCAUCCGAGCACUGGCGCAAUGUGCCUCAAAUCUGUCGAUCAAGGGAGACGCGGGCGCCUCCGACAUGCUGUCGCACCGGCUGGCGGAGGAGCUGAUGAACCUGGACAUGGACGAGGCGGUGCCGCUCACACGCGCCUGCGGCCACUACCUCAACCUGUCCGGCAUCGCAGAGCUGCACCACGGAGUGCGCCGCGACCGCGCCACUCGCGAGCCCAACCCCAACAGCUGCGACGCGGUGUUUGCGCGGCUGAUCACGGAGGGCGUGGACCCCGAGGAGCUGUACCGGGCGGUGUCGGAGCAGAACGUGGAGGUGGUGCUCACCGCGCACCCCACACAGGUGAACCGGCGCACGCUGCAGUACAAGCACACUCGCAUUGCGGCGCUGCUGCAGCAGCACGACCGCUCCGACCUGACGGCGGAGGAGCGGCGCAACAUGGUGAGCGAGCUGCAGCGGGAGGUGGCGGCGCUGUGGCAGACGGACGAGCUGAGGAGGCAGAAGCCCACGCCGCUGGACGAGGCGCGCGGCGGUCUGCACAUUGUGGAGCAGUCGCUGUGGGCCGCGGUGCCGCAGUACAUGCGCCGCCUCAGCGCCGCGCUCAAGAAACACACCGGGCACGACCUGCCGCUGCAGGCCACGCCCUUCCGCUUCGGCAGCUGGAUGGGCGGCGACCGCGAUGGCAACCCCAACGUGACCGCCAAGGUGACGGCGCACGUGACGGCCCUGGCGCGCUGGAUGGCGGCGGAUCUGUACCUGCGUGAGAUCGACACGCUGAGGUUUGAGCUGUCCAUGAACCAGUGCAGUGCGGCGGUGUGGAAGAUGGCCCGCCGCAUCAUCGCCGAGGGCCACACCAAGCGCGCCGGCGUGGUCCGGGCCAAGGCCGCCGCCGCCCUGCACCAGACCGCAACAGACGCAGCCAGCCAUGGCGGCUCCGCCGCCUCGGCGGCCGCCGCCGCCGCCGCAGGCGGCGACGUCGUCGCUGACGGCACCAGCGGCGGCGGCGCUGCCGCCGCCGCCGGCCCCGCCGCCGCUGCCGCGGCGGACGACGCGUUCACCUUCAGCCGGUUGGGGCGGCCCCGGCCGGAGCGGCCGAGCACGGACGUGCGGAGUGUGGGCGUGCUGGCGGGCGGCGAGGGCGCGGCGUUCCCGGGCGGCAUGAUCCUGGGCACGCAGCCGGUGUCGGCGCACACGGCGGCGGAGGUGUCGGUGCCGCACGAGCUGCCGGGACAGGACGUGGAGGGCGGCUCGGAGAUGGACUUCAACGAGUCCCGCCGCGCCUCGGACGCCGGAGACCUGGGCGCCUCGCAGCACCCCAUGCUGGGCGGGCCCUCCGCCGGCGCCUCCGCCGAGCCCACCGCCCACGGCUACACCACCACCGCCACCGCCGCCGCCGCCGCCGCCGACGGCACGCAGCCCGAGCCCGAAGUCCCCGGCACGCCCAGCUACGCCGACCCCGGCACCCCCGACCGCCUUGGCGCGCUGCCCGGCCCCUUCACGCCCGGCCCCACGCCCUUCCGCGAGGCGGCCAACGCCGCCAUGAGCACCGCCGCCAGCGGCGGCGCGGGCGGCGGCGGCGGCGGCGGCGCGAACCGCGCGGCCUCGGGCCUGGGCGGCGACCCCACCUUCACGCGUCGCAGCCUGAUGGCGCAGCGGCUGGGAACCAGCUCGGUGCAGUUCGCGCGCGCGCACGAGCACCCCGGCUUCCACCCCUACCGCAUCGUGUUGGGCCACGUGCGCGACAGGCUGGCGGCCACGCGGCGGCGCAUGGAGGACCUGCUGAGCGGCCGCGAGCCGGCGGGCGAGGCGCACGGCGGCGUGGGGGCGGGCGGCGGCGGCGGCGGCGGCGCGGCGCCGUGGUAUGAGAGCGAGGACGAGCUGGCGGAGCCGCUGAUGGCGUGCUACUGGUCGCUGUGGGAGUGCGGCGGCGGCGUCAUUGCGGACGGGCGGCUGCUGGACCUCAUCCGCCGCGUGUACACCUUCGGCAUGUGCCUCAUGAAGCUAGACCUGCGCCAGGAGUCCACCCGCCACGCCGAGGCCCUGGACGCCGUGACCAGCUACCUGGGUCUGGGCUCCUACCUGGAGUGGAGCGAGGACCAGAAAAUCGAGUGGCUCACAAAGGAGCUGCAGGGCCGGCGGCCGCUCAUCCCCGCCGACAUGCCCAUGAGCGCCGAGGUGCGCGAGGUGCUGGACACCUUCAAGGUGGCCGCCCAUCUGGGCCGUGACAACCUGGGCGCCUACGUCAUCUCCAUGACCAAGGGCGCCUCGGACGUGAUGGCGGUGGAGCUGCUGCAGCGCGAGGCGCGCAUGCAGGUGGGCGCCGAGGCGGGCGGCCGCGGCGGCGGCGGGCCCGAGGACGGCGGCUCGCUGCGCGUGGUGCCGCUGUUCGAGACGCUGGAGGACCUGGACGCGGCGGAGGACGUGAUGACGCGGCUGCUGACCAACCCCUGGUACCGCGAGCACCUGCGGGCAGUGCACGGCGACGCGCAGGAGGUGAUGCUGGGAUACAGCGACAGCGGCAAGGACGCCGGCCGCCUGGCUGCCAACUGGGCGCUGUACAAGUGUCAGGAGCGGCUGGUGGCCAUCACCAAGGCCAACAACGUCAAGCUCACGCUGUUCCACGGCCGCGGCGGCACCGUGGGCCGCGGCGGCGGGCCCACCCACAUCGCCAUCCAGUCGCAGCCGCCCGGCUCUGUGGAGGGGACCUUCCGCAUCACCGAGCAGGGCGAGAUGGUCCAGGCCAAGUUCGGCAUCAGCGGCGUGGCUCUGAGCCAGCUGGAGACCUACACCACCGCUGUGCUGCUGGCCACCAUGCGCCCGCCCAGCCCGCCGCGCCGCGAGGAGUGGCGCGCCGUGAUGGAGAUGCUCAGCCGCGUCAGCUGCGAGAGCUACCGCAACAUCGUGCACCACAGCCCGCUCUUCCUGCGCUACUUCAAGCACGCCACGCCCGAGGCCGAGCUGGGCAACCUCAACAUCGGCUCUCGCCCGGCUCGGCGGCGCAACAAGGACGCCUCCAUCUCCACGCUGCGCGCCAUCCCCUGGAUCUUCGCCUGGACGCAGAACCGCCUCAUCCUGCCCUCCUGGCUGGGCAUUGGCGCCGCCCUCACCGCGGCCAUGACCCAGGGCCACCUGCCCACGCUGCAGGCCAUGUACCGCGAGUGGCCCUUCUUCGGAUCCACAGUGGAUCUGAUUGAGAUGAUCCUGGCCAAGACCGACCCGCGCAUCGCGGCGCUGUACGAGGAGGUGCUGGUCAACGACCCCGAGGAGAAGAAGCUGGGAGCCGAGCUGCGCGAGCGGCUGCAGCGCUGCCAGGGCGCCAUCCUCAAGGUGACCGGGCACGAGAACCUGCUGUCCAACAACCCCACAUUGAGCAAGCUCAUCUCCAUGCGCUCGCCCUUCGUGGACCCCAUCAACAUCCUGCAGGUGGAGGUGCUGCGGCGCCUGCGCCAGGACCCCAACAACAUGCGCCUGCGCGACGCGCUGCUCAUCUCCAUCAACGGCAUCGCCGCCGGCAUGCGCAACACCGGCUAAGCAGCGGCGGCGCUGCUGCUGGUGAUGGAGGUGGAGGUGGAGAUGGACGUGGUGCGCACCAGGCACAAGGCGGAGGCAGGUGCCAGUGGAGGUGGGGCGUCCCGGGCGGAGGCAUGAGCGGCGUCGACGGCUGGCGCCGCGGUAUGAUGUGCUGCGGCACGAGCGACGGCACGUGCGGUCUAAAGCUGCUGGAUGUGCUUGGCACGGCGCGCAAGAGGGGUGUGCUGGGGGCGGAGGUGCUGCUGAAAAUGUUUGGUUAGUUGGUUGGAUGUUUGGGCUAGCUGGUGCGCUGGAGCGGGUAAGGCAAGUGGUGGGUGGGGUAUGCGGGUGCGCUGGGGUGUCCAGGGCGGCUGCGAUCAAUGCGGGUUGGUGGGCAACCCCGUCCCGGCGCUGAAUCGCUGCGUGGAUCUGACCUUUGCGGAAUUCCUGCCUGCCUUCCGCGCCUGGCAAUUUAGGAACUCGUUUGAGCGUUUGACGUUGUCCUAGGGCGGCAUGACCGAGCAUCGCGUGCAUGGCAGCGGGGCUGCGAUCGCGCGUGGUGAGCCACAGACGUUGAUAGUGAUAUUUGAGGCAGCCCAGAACGCAUGGCGGAAUGGCGUGGUCUUUGAGAGCUGAGUGUGUCAGACUGGCAUAGGGCGCUGUGGCUGACUAACGUCCCGCACGUGUGCGACUGCAGACCAUGUUUGCAGGGGCAGGUACUUUACUUGAUGUGCAUGGCAUUCUCACAUAAAGCUCCGAAGGAUCAUUUGUGGCGCACCAACCAGAGACCUAGCCCAGAGCAGAGUGUCAGCAGCGAUAUCAAAGUCAUUUUGUGGGUGGUUGUCUGGGUACUCCGAGGCGCGUACGUUGAGCGCGUGCUCGCUGCAUACCGCAUACGGAAUCGGAUAAGUGAAAGGAGGUCACAUGGCCAGGGGCUGCAGAUGCUGGUGAGGGCUGCCUGCCUAAGCGGCGUGUCCGGGACGGCAGGGAAGCACGCAUGCCAUUCGACGUGUGCGGUGCAAAUGAGACCGUGGAGUCCUCGGGCAGGGCUUGACAGCACAAGCGUGGAGCGCGCACACAGCGCACAGACUAUGUUUUCCUUGUGCUCUUUAACACAGCGCACAGACUAUGAAUUUGAACACAGUAGUCACCGCGGUCCUAGGAACAGACGUUCAGUGCACUGUCUGGGCGGACCGUGGUCGUACCCCGCUGCGUUCAUCACAGGCUUGCCCGUUACUUGCCCAUAAAGCUUAUUUCCCAGCUGUUAUUUCCCCACACGUACCGCAACAUGCACGCAUGCCCGCACACACACCGGGUGGUGUUGGUGCAAGGAUUGGCAAAAGCGGGACAGCAGGGAGGAGUGGCGGUACGGGCGCGUGUGGGUGUGCGUGGGGUGUAGGAAGGGGAAAUCGGUCGGGUUGUUGAGUGCGACAGAGGCAGGGCGCAGUUCAGCGGUUUUGCGCAAGGGUAUUCUGAGUAGUCGAGUUUGGGCGAUUCUGUCGUGGGGCCACUUCCUGUUUGCGUGUGCGAUGGGACAGUGUUAAGGUAGGGUUGGUGAGUCCCGUAGGGUGUAGCUGAUUCCCAAACCCCAGCACAUGGCAAACAAUUUGCGACGGCAGGGCAGGAGUGCGGGGCCACUUCCUGUUUGUGUGCGUUGUGUAGGCGGGGGCGCACGAUGGCGGUACACGUUGCGUACGUA